AUGGCUUCUCUCAAAGCGCCGGCUCGGCUUCUCGAGCUCGUCAAAGCCGCCUUCGCCAAGGCGCUCGCCGACGGGGAUCUCUUUUACUUUGCCACGCAGGUGCAGGACAUGCGCGUCGGCGCCCUCUCCUUCCAAUUGCGCUUCUCCCCCGCCCUCGCCAACAAGCCCAAGCCCCAGCCGCCGUCCCCCAAGCGAGACGCGGCGGCCCCGUCGAAACCAUUUGACCCCUUUGAGUACACGUCGCCGCCGGGCCCUCUCUUCGUCGGCGACGUGGGUGCUUCGCACUUUCUCGUGCUCAACAAGUUUGCCGUCGUGCCGGGGCACUUCAUCCUCGCGACGCGGGCGUACCGCGCGCAGACGCACGUGCUCGAGGCCGACGACCUGCACGCCACACUUGCGUGCCUGCGCGCGUGCGAGGAGGAGGAGGAGGGAGUGUCGGACGGAAACGACGGCGAUGGCGCGUUAUUUGCAUUUUUCAACGGCGGCGCGCACUCGGGCGCCAGCCAGCCGCACCGCCACAUCCAGAUGCUCCCCGUGCGGGCGAUGCGGGAGGGUCUGCCGGCGGCCAGCGCGUGGCGGGUGCUGAUGGCGCGGCGCGAUGCGGUGGCGCCGUUUACGACGUUUGCGGAGGACAUCACGCUCAGCACCACGCGGGAGGACCUGUACGCGGCCUAUCUGCGGCUCUAUCAGCAGGCGGUGCGCGCGGUCCGGGGAGAGGACGAGUUCGCCCCCGCGAGCGGCGAGGCGGCCAUUAGCUACAACAUGGCCAUGACGAGGGACCGUCUCGUGCUAUGUCCCAGGUUGGCCGAGGGGGGCACCGUAACCGACCCCGAUACUGGUGCGGCCGUUGGCACGGUGUCGCUCAACGGCACGAUGCUGGCCGGCACGGCGCUGGUCAAGACCGAGGCAGAGUGGGAGGCUUUACGUAGGCAUCCGCGAGCCCUGACGACGAUCCUAGGGAGCGUGGGCGUUUCGGAGCCGCGCUUUAUUGACGAUGUGAAUAAAUUGUAG